UCCCCGCCCCGCCCGGGCCCCGCCGAGGCUCUGGUCGGUCCGGGACAGACUGGCGGGCGGGCGGACGGGUACUGACGCCGCGGGGCCGAAGCGGGCCGGGCGGUGGGAGCAGCGGCGCCGUCAGUCCCCGUCAGGGCUCCGUGGGUCCCCGACCCGCCCCUGGCCCGGCCAUGGCGGGCGCCCAGCCCGGCGUCCACGCGCUGCAGCUGGAGCCGCCCACCGUGGUGGAGACCCUGCGGCGCGGGAGUAAGUUCAUCAAAUGGGACGAGGAGACCUCCAGUCGGAACCUGGUGACCCUGCGUGUGGACCCCAGUGGCUUCUUCUUGUACUGGACAGGCCCCAACAUGGAGGUGGACACACUGGACAUCAGUUCCAUCAGGGACACACGGACAGGCCGGUACGCCCGUCUGCCCAAGGACCCCAAGAUCCGGGAAGUUCUGGGCUUUGGGGGUCCCGAUGCCCGGCUGGAGGAGAAGCUGAUGACGGUGGUGUCUGGGCCGGACCCAGUGAACACAGUGUUCUUGAACUUCAUGGCCGUGCAGGAUGACACAGCCAAGGUCUGGUCCGAGGAGCUGUUCAAGCUGGCUAUGAACAUCCUGGCUCAGAACGCCUCCCGGAACACCUUCCUGCGCAAAGCAUACACGAAGCUGAAGCUGCAGGUGAACCAGGAUGGUCGGAUCCCCGUCAAGAACAUCCUGAAGAUGUUCUCAGCAGACAAGAAGCGGGUGGAGACUGCACUGGAAUCCUGUGGCCUCAAUUUCAACCGGAGUGAGUCCAUCCGGCCUGAUGAGUUUUCCUUGGAAAUCUUUGAGCGGUUCCUGAACAAGCUGUGUCUGCGGCCGGACAUUGACAAGAUCCUGCUGGAGAUAGGUGCCAAGGGCAAGCCAUACCUGACACUGGAGCAGCUCAUGGACUUCAUCAACCAGAAGCAACGCGACCCGAGACUCAACGAAGUGCUGUACCCGCCGCUGCGGCCCUCCCAGGCCCGACUGCUCAUCGAAAAGUAUGAGCCCAACCAGCAGUUUCUGGAGCGAGACCAGAUGUCCAUGGAGGGCUUUAGCCGCUACCUGGGAGGCGAGGAGAACGGCAUCCUGCCCCUGGAAGCCCUGGAUCUGAGCGCCGACAUGACCCAGCCGCUGAGUGCCUACUUCAUCAACUCCUCGCAUAACACCUAUCUCACUGCUGGGCAGCUGGCCGGGACCUCGUCGGUGGAGAUGUACCGCCAGGUGCUGCUGUGGGGCUGCCGCUGUGUGGAGCUGGAUGUGUGGAAAGGACGGCCGCCCGAGGAGGAACCCUUCAUCACCCAUGGCUUCACCAUGACCACGGAGGUGCCUCUGCGCGACGUGCUGGAGGCCAUUGCCGAGACUGCCUUCAAGACCUCGCCCUACCCCGUCAUCCUCUCCUUCGAGAACCACGUGGACUCGGCAAAGCAGCAGGCAAAGAUGGCUGAGUACUGCCGCUCCAUCUUUGGAGAUGCGCUACUCAUCGAGCCUCUGGACAAGUACCCGCUGGCCCCAGGUGUUCCCCUGCCCAGCCCCCAGGACCUGAUGGGCCGUAUCCUGGUGAAGAACAAGAAACGGCACAGACCCAGCACAGGUGGCCCAGACAGCGCCGGGCGCAAGCGGCCGCUGGAGCAGAGCAAUUCGGCCCUGAGCGAGAGCUCCGCUGCCACUGAGCCCUCCUCCCCGCAGCUUGGGUCGCCCAGCUCUGACAGCUGCCCAGGCCUGAGCAACGGGGAGGAGGGGGCCCUUGAGAAGCCCAGCCUGGAGCCUCGGAAGUCUUUGGGUGAGGAGGGCCUGAACCGGGGCCCCUAUGCUCUUGGACCUGCUGACCGUGAGGAUGAGGAGGAAGAUGAGGAAGAGGAGGAGCAGACAGACCCCAAAAAGCCGACCACAGAUGAGGGCACGGCCAGCAGCGAGGUGAAUGCCACUGAGGAGAUGUCCACGCUUGUCAACUACAUCGAGCCUGUCAAGUUCAAGUCCUUUGAGGCUGCUCGAAAGAGGAACAAAUGCUUCGAGAUGUCGUCCUUCGUGGAGACCAAGGCCAUGGAGCAACUGACCAAGAGCCCCAUGGAGUUUGUGGAAUACAACAAGCAGCAGCUCAGCCGCAUCUACCCCAAGGGCACCCGCGUGGACUCCUCCAACUACAUGCCCCAGCUCUUCUGGAACGUAGGGUGCCAGCUUGUUGCGCUCAACUUCCAGACCCUCGAUGUGGCGAUGCAGCUCAAUGCGGGCGUUUUUGAGUACAACGGGCGCAGCGGGUACCUGCUCAAGCCGGAGUUCAUGCGGCGGCCUGACAAAUCCUUCGACCCCUUCACUGAGGUCAUCGUGGAUGGCAUUGUGGCCAAUGCCUUGCGGGUCAAGGUGAUCUCGGGGCAGUUCCUAUCCGACAGGAAGGUGGGCAUCUACGUGGAGGUGGACAUGUUUGGCCUCCCUGUUGACACGCGGCGCAAGUACCGCACCCGGACCUCUCAGGGGAACUCGUUCAACCCCGUGUGGGAUGAGGAGCCCUUCGACUUCCCCAAGGUGGUGCUGCCUACGUUGGCUUCACUUCGCAUCGCAGCCUUUGAGGAGGGGGGUAAAUUUGUAGGGCACCGGAUCCUGCCUGUCUCUGCCAUCCGCUCUGGGUACCACUACGUCUGCCUGCGGAACGAGGCCAACCAGCCGCUGUGCCUUCCGGCCCUGCUCAUCUACACUGAAGCCUCGGACUACAUUCCUGAUGACCACCAGGACUACGCGGAGGCCCUGAUCAACCCCAUUAAGCACGUCAGCCUGAUGGACCAGAGGGCCCGGCAGCUGGCCGCCCUCAUUGGGGAGAGUGAGGCUCAGGCUGGCCAAGAGAUGUGCCAGGACACCCAGUCUCAGCAGCUGGGGUCUCAGCUGUCCCCAAACCCCACCCCUAGCCCACUGGAUGCCUCCCCCCGCCGGCCCCCCGGCCCCACCACCUCCCCUACCAGCACCUCCCUCAGCAGCCCAGGGCAGCGCGACGAUCUCAUCGCCAGCAUCCUCUCAGAGGUGGCCCCCACCCCGCUGGAUGAGCUCCGAGGUCACAAGGCUCUGGUCAAGCUCCAGAGCCGGCAAGAGCGAGACCUGCGGGAGCUGCGCAAGAAGCAUCAGCGGAAGGCAGUCACCCUCACCCGCCGCCUGCUGGAUGGCCUGGCUCAGGCACAGGCUGACGGCAGGUGCCGGCUGCGGCCAGGUGCCCUAGGCGGGGCCGCUGAUGUGGAGGACACGAAGGAGGGGGAGGACGAGGCAAAGCGGUAUCAGGAGUUCCAGAACAGACAGGUGCAGAGCCUGCUGGAGCUGCGGGAGGCCCAGGUGGACGCAGAGGCCCAGCGGAGGCUGGAGCAUCUGAGACAGGCUCUGCAGCGGCUCAGGGAGGUCGUCCUUGAUGCAAACACAACUCAGUUCAAGAGGCUGAAAGAGAUGAACGAGAGGGAGAAGAAGGAACUGCAGAAGAUCCUGGACAGAAAGCGCCAUAACAGCAUCUCGGAGGCCAAGACGAGGGACAAGCAUAAGAAGGAGGCGGAACUGACGGAGAUUAACCGUCGGCACAUCACUGAGUCAGUCAACUCCAUCCGUCGGCUGGAGGAGGCCCAGAAGCAGCGGCAUGACCGUCUUGUGGCUGGGCAGCAGCAGGUCCUGCAACAGCUGGCAGAAGAGGAGCCCAAGCUGCUGGCCCAGCUGGCCCAGGAGUGUCAGGAGCAGCGGGCGAGGCUCCCCCAGGAGAUCCGCAGGAGCCUGCUGGGCGAGACGCCGGAGGGGCUGGGGGAUGGGCUUCUGGUGGCCUGUGCCAGCAACGGUCACGCACCUGGGAGCAGCGGGCACCUGUCGGGCGCUGACUCGGAGAGCCAGGAGGAGAACACGCAGCUCUGAACUGGCUGAGCAAGAGGUGGCCACAGGGCCAGGGUGGGCGCUGGGUGGAGGGCAGGAGGCAACGACACUAAUGCUUUUUUUUUUUAACUUUUUAUCUAGAAAUUUUAUUUUUUUAAACCUGGGGCAAGUACCUGAGCUAACUCCCUUCAUCCUCCUGGGGCUCCUCCUUCCUGCCCUCAGUCUUAGGUUAGGGCCCUGGUCAGGGCUGUGCUCCCCGUGACACCCACACCCUCGAGGUAGCAGUGUCUCCUCCCUUCCCUGGGAGAGCUGCUGGAGCUUCAGGAAGUAGGUGUCACAUUUUUUCUCUAUUCUUUGGGGAUUUUUUUUACAUGAAUAAAAGUGGAUUUCAGGGACCCUGUGUGCAGUGUGAUUUGGGGUGAGAGGACUCUGUACGUUUCCUCAUCUGUAAAAUGGGCUUUGGGCGUUUGGUGGGGUUGAGGGCACGCCUCCAGCCAAGGACUGCUGGGUUGAACCUGAGCCUGCCCUGCCGAGUCUGCUGAGCUUCCCUGUUCCUGUUCCUCCAUCCUCACGACUUUCAUCUCUCCGAGGCUCUCCCUGUUCUCUCUUCGCUGAGGCUCAGGCCUCUGCUUCAGGAAGCCUUCCCUGCCCCGCUUCCUGUGGCCUGAUAUGACCCAAACGCCUAGCAUCUUCCGCCCGGGCUGCUCUGGGCCCCCGACAGGCAGUUGACUCUAUCGGGUGAUGGAUCAGCCAGGGUGGAGCAGGGCAGCUCAGAACCUGUCCAACACCAGGGGACGGGGGUCUUCAGAGAGAGGUGGGCAGUAGGCCUGCCUGUGACCCUGGGGGAAGGGAAGUGGACAGUCACAGAUACACAGGGGCUGGGCCACCCAGCAUACCCUCAUCCCUGUGAGGGAGAUAUUAUGCCUGUUUUACAGAUGAGGAGACUGAGGCCCGGAGCCAUCUCUCAUGUGCCAGGCCACAGCUAAAUCAAGAUGUCCUGACCUGGAGGCAGGGCGGGCCUGGACCCUCCGUGGUGGACUGUCUUCAGCCAGCCUGGACCUGUCCUAUGCCUCAAGACCAGCGAAAAGUGGCGGAGAGCCCACAGUGCGGGCUCGAGGGCGGGGCUGGGCUCGCAGCAGGCUCGGCUUGGCACCUCUUCAAGGCCUCUCCCAGCUUCCUGGCUCUUCCUAGGCUGCCCGCCUGCAUCCCUCCUCCAGGGGAAGGAGGCCUCUUAUCUGGGCUUAUCUCCUGCCAGUUGAGUAUCUUCUUUGCUUUGUUUUUGCUGCAGCCUCAGGCAAACAGAUGGGGUGGGGAGGCCAGGGAAAUAGGCUCCGGAGUAGGGCCCUCCUCCCUCUGGGUCAGUGCAGUGGCCCCAGACUUCCUCACUUCUGCUGUGGGGCCCUGCCCUAUCCCCUAGUUCUGCUCACUCCAGUGUAUUCCGUAUCCAGGCUCCUCAGCAGCCAACUCCCAUCUUCCUGACUCCAGCUGGUGUCCACUGAGGGACAC